UGCUGUCUUCAGUGCCUUACCUCUUCUGUACCUACAACAGUAACAGUUUAAGAUUCAUAUAUUAGUCUGAAAACAAUCAAUAAAUAAUUAGAAAACUUGCAUUUUCCACUUUAUGCUAAAGUGGGCAUUUAUUACAUGCCAGACACUCUUCUAAGCCUUUAGCAACAUUUUCUCAUUUAAUUUCCAUAAGUUAUAAGUUUACCUAUGAGAAAAUUAUGGAACAUAAGAUUAUAAAUUUGCAUCAGUUAUAAGUGGUGGAAGCAGAGUUUGAAUCCAGACUAUAUGACUUCAGAGUUCAGGCAUUUUUUAAAAAAAUCCUUAUUUUGCUUAUUUAUUUUUUGUAGUGCUGAGGAUCAAACCCAGUGCUUCACAUGUAUGAGGCGAGUGCUCUGCCACUGAGCCACAACCCCAGCCCCAGAAUUCAUGCAUUUAACUAUUCUGCCUUACCUUUUGAUAAGUCCAGGACAUAUAUGACCCAUAAGACAUUGUUUGAUGACCUUACAAAUUACAGUGUCAUAAAUACCUGGGCUCCUUUAGUUCUCACAUAUUAAAAUUGCUGAGAAAUUAUAAGUCAUUUUUCACAUAUAUUCCCUAGCUUGUAAGGGAUCCAGCCUAAUUCCCUGCAAGAUCUAAUUGUCCAUGUAAGAUUAAAAUAUUUUUGAAAAAUGAUGCCAUCUUCACCAAUUCUCCCUACUUGCCUGUCUUCCUUUCUUCCUUCAUGCCUUCCUCCCUCUGUCUCUUCCUUUAUACAUUUAUUUUUUUGAUGUGGAUACCAGGGAUUGAACUCAGGGACACUCAACCACUCAGCCACAUCCCAGCUAUAUUUUGUAUUUUAUUUAGAGACAUGCUCUCACUGAGUUAUUUAGUGCCCUGCCUUUGCUGAGGAUGGUUUGAACUUUCAUCCUCCUGGGUUGGCCUCUCUAACCAAACCACUGGAUGACAGGUAAACACUACCACUCAGGCCAUGUAUUUAUUUUUAUUCUGACUUUUAAUAUCUGAAAAGAUAAAACUUCAAUGCAUAUACAAGGCACGCAUAAUACCAAUUGCAGGAGGGAUAUAACACAAUGGUGCCAGUUAAAUCUUUCACAAAGCAUAAACAAUCUUAAGUUAGUGUGGACCUAAUUAAACAUCUUCAAAAUACAUAUGUGAAAACCAGACAGAAUUAAAAUGAAAAAUGGACAAACCAGUUAUCGUACGCUGUUGAGAACAUUCAUUCAGGCCUGUGACAGUCAUCAGUCUGGAUGCGCUGGGUGGAUGCGGGGGAAGGGGCUCUUGGGAACUCGGUUGGAGCCAGGAGGCUCCAGCCAGGCGCAAGCACACACAGACUGCAGCCGCCUUAGGACCGCAGCCCCCACAGCCCACCUGGAGACUCCAGCACAGAAUGGCCUAGGGAUCCAGAUCCCACCAGUCUACAAGACCAGUGGAAAUUAGGGAGCGUCACGCCCUCCGCACAUCCGGUAAGAAGGAAGCAUCCUCCGGAUUAAAGAGAGAAGAGUGGAAAAAGUGCUUAGUCGCCAGCUGGGAGGACAGCGAUGCUGAGUUGCACUACGUCCACCAAGCCGGGCAUGAUGUACAAGAACCCAGACCUUGGGUUUGACUUGCUGCAGACUUGCUUCUACCCAGACGAAGAUGAAUUCUACUUCAGUGGCCCUGACUCGACCCUCCCAGGGGAGGACAGCUGGAAGAAGUUUGAGCUGCUGCCUAUCCUUCCCCUGUCUUCCAGCUGUGCGUUCCAGGAACGCAGUCCGGAACCCUCCUACAGGGCCACUGAAAUGCUGCAGCCGGAGGCCGACCUGUUUGGCAACCACGCCGAGGAGGACGAAGCCUUUAGCCUGUGGGCACUUGGCGGCCUGACACCCAACCCGCUCAUCCUCCAGGACUGCAUGUGGAGCCGUUUCUCGGUUGGCGAGAAGCUGGUGCAGGCGUUGAACAAGAAGUUGCAACACUGCCGCGGUUUGCCUGCCGCGAGUCCGGCUGCCUUGGGCCCGGGAGCGGGAGCUGGCAGCCCUGGGAGCAAUGGGUGAGGCAGGAUGGCCAGAGCCUGCCGUGCUGGAGAAGUCUUACCUGCGGAGCUCAUGGAUCCCUGCUUGGUCUUUCCCUUCCCGGUGAACAAGCGGGAAUCCACACCUGUGUCCAUCGCCCAGGCUGGUGCCCGUGCCUUGGGUGCUGUGGUUGCUGGAGCAGCCCCAGCUGGUGCCAAGGUGACCUCCCCUCUGCACUUAGGCGGUGGCCCUGCCAAAGGUGGUGACCACAGGACCCCCGGAGAGGAUGUCUUGACUUUAAUCAAAGAUGAGGAGAAUGAUGAGGAGCAAGAUGAAGAAGAGGAAAUCGAUGUCGACCAGCAGUACAACUAUGUCAUAUUCUCACCCUACGUGCAGAGUGAGGUUGUGCCACUCCAGAAGAAGAUCAAGAGUGAAGAGCCCCCACAACCUCUCAAGAGUUUCAACCUCCCAAAGGCUAAGAGCUUGAGCACUGGACACUCAAACUUGGGGUACCUCAAGAAUCGCUGCAAACAAAAUAUCAUGGAGCGCCAGCGCCGCCAUAUCCUGGGAUCCAAGUUGCUCACGCUCAAGGACCUCAUGCUGGAGCUGGUGAAGAAUAAGAAGGCCAGCCAGGUGGUCAUUUUGAGAAAAGCCACAGAAUACAUUCACUACCUCCAGGCCAAGGAGCAUUAUCUUCUGCUGGAAAAGGAGAGAUUGCAGGAAAGACAGCAGCAGUUGCUAAAGAAAUUUGAAUUCAGUUGAACGUGCUAAACCUUUCUCAAAUGGGCAGUUAGUGCCACUUUGCAUAUUUCAAUUUUUGAAAAUAUAUUUUUUCAUUGUAGAUGGACAAAACAUCAUUAUUUUUUAUUUAUUUAUAUAGUGCUGAGGAUCAAACCAAGGGCCUCAUGCAUGCAAGUCAAGUCUCCUACUACUAAGCUACAACCCCAGACCCACAUUUUGAUUUUUUUUUAAACAAACAUUGUGUUGACAUUAUUAAUGUUGAUUUACUUUCAAAUUGGGUCUCUGUCAUUUGUAUCUGGGAGGGGGGAAGGAUGUGUGUGGUUCAACCAGGACCUGGGAGAUCCCACAUGAUAGGGUGCUGGGUGGCUUUUCAGUUUCCUGCAUUUCACCUCCAUGACAGUCAUGGGAGUUUGUGACUUUGGGGCUGUGAAAGUCACCUUGUUUAUUCCAGUUUUCAAAAUACAGACAGUCAUUCCUUCUUUUUACAAUGCUGCUUAAGUUCCAGCACAUUCCAUGUAUGGAGGUUGCCAUUUGAUGCCUCUGGGGAAUAUUUCUGUAAACACCAUUGACACACCUGCCAUUUGUGUAUGUCCUGGGUAAUGACAGGAGAUUUUGCAGCCAGUAUCAGACUGGAAGUUCACACUUAAGUAUAGUAAUAAUACCUCAAUGUUCGAGGAGCAUGUUUUGUAUAUAAAUAUAUUAUUAAUCUCUGUUAUGUAAUGUACUGAUUUUUACACUGCCUAUAUACUUUAGUAUGAUGCUGAUACAAAACUAAAUUUGAUACAUACAUUUUUAUAUGAAAGUGAGUUGUGAAAGUUUUGAGUAGAUAUUACUUUAUCUGUUUUUGAACUAAGAAACUUUCUAAAGAAAUUUAUUAUUUAAAUGCAUAUAUUUGUUCAUGUUUGCUACAGAGAACUGGGUACAUGCAAAGUUCUAUGUUUAAUUUCUUCAAAAUACAUACAUUUAGUGCUGCAUCCUAUAGCUAGCACUUUGAAAUACCUCAUGUUUAUGAAAAUACAUAGCAAUUAAAUUAUGCAAAAAUGGAAGACUCAUUACUUAGGAGCUGAUGAACUAGGCAACAGCUCAUCUACAUGAUGAGCAGCCUUCAUCUAAUGGGCUUUAUUACAACACUGCAACAUCACAACUAAAGGAUAUGCAUUCUUUUUUGAGUGAAUAUGAAAAUGGAACAUAAACCAAAUCUCAAAAAUUCUAAAGAAUGAAAUCAUGCCACAUAUCUUCUCUGAACACCAUGAAAGCAAGCUAGAGGUGAGGCAUGGUGGCCUCUGCCUGUAUUUGGCCUGGGGCAAGCAGAAGGUUCCCAUAUUAAAAACCAGCCUGGGUAACCCAACAAGAUCCCUAUAAAAAAAGUCUGUGGAUACAGCUCACUCAUAGAGGGCCCUUAGGUUCCAUUCACCUCCAGCAUCUUAAAACUAAAUAAAUAUUUAAAUUAAAAAUAACAUGUGUCAAAGAAAAAAAAAUCAUAAUGAAAAUUAGACAACUUUUUUUAAAGGCAGGACAAUAGUUUUAACUGAAUGCUGAAUACCUAAUAAUAAUGAAAAAAAUAAUGAAGCAGAUACAACUGUGAGACUGAAAUGUUAGAGCCCCAAAGCUUCAAAAAGAAGCUGGGGAAUUAAGGAAGCAACUAUUCAUUUCAAGAAAUAAGAGGGAAAAUCACAACUAAUUAAACCCAAAGAAAGUAUAAACUUGUAAAUUCACAUAUUUAAGGGAGGAAAUAUUGGCAUCCAUCUUUCAGGAAGUCUUGAGCAGACUGGGCUCUGUGGGCAUAGGAAAGAGGGGUAAGCUGAAGGAGGGUUGAAAAAUUUGACCAAAUAAUGGCUACAUGCAAAGCACUGAGCUGGGUGCUAUAUCCACCCUCUACCUGGGUACUGAGCCUCCCCACUCCUCUGCACUCAUCCAUAGGUCCACCCUGGGCAUCAAUUUUCUCCUUGUCCCUUCUGCUCCAGGUGCUUAGAACUUUCCUCUUACUCCUGGUCUGGCCUCUGUUUCACCAGAGCCCCUGGGCUGCCAGAUGGUCAACAAGGGUCCACCUGACUUCAAACACAUACAAACUUUCCACAGCAGGGACACAGCUUCUGCCAACUCAGGCACAACUAGUAUGACAGACAUGUUUGUUGAACCAAUGCUCUUACUGCAGAGCACCCCACCAAUGGAGGAUCUCCACACCUGGGGGUUGGAGCAGCUUGUGAGUGAUGGAUUUUCAGACAGAACACUUUAUCCACUGCCUAACUCAAUUCUGCGGAAUACUCUCCUGAAAGUGAAGCCAAAGACAUGCCCUUCCAGAGGCAGGGAACUCUUCUGCCUGUGCUCUCUGGCAGUGAGUCUGGCUUGCUGAUGUUCUCCCUGCUGAAACCUGAGUGUUCUCAUUCACACCUGCCACUCAACUGAAGUGGGUUCCAGAGCUUCCAGGGAAGGAGACAGAACCUUUUAGGUCCUCAGUUCCCUUUAUUCAUUUUCCAUCAUUUUCCCUGGAAAUACUUAAUAAUAGGUGAAGGACACAGGACUAAGAAUAUGAAAUGCCAACUAAAACAGUUCAAUACUGAUAACAAAAUUCUUUUACUGACUCUUACUAAACCAUUCAUCAGAAUUUUGGUCAUUGCUAAACUUUUUGUUUCCACAUGUAUUUGAUUACUUGAAAAGGUAGGUAAGACAAUAUGUAACAUUUUCUUUUUUUUCCCCAAAAACUCAAAAUCCUUUCUCUUUGCUGACAUUAUUUCCUUUCUUCUAGGUAGCUAAAUUGAAUGAUUAUUUUUUCAUGUUCUUUGUAGGGUAUAAUGUGUGUUCCAUUUUUGACACAAAGUAUGUGAGAGCAGAUAAAAGAUGAUUUAAAAAUUAACUUGCAUUGGACUGGGGAGGUAGCUCAGUGGGAUUGUACUUGCCUACCCAUGUGAGGCCUGGGUUUUGUUUUCAAGCACUGUAAAACAGAACAGAACAGAACAAAACACAACAAAAAACUUACCUCUUUUUAUUAAAGAAAAACUAAAAUUACUACCUUCCACAAAUUCUUCUUAGCUUUAGAUAAAUUUUCCUAUUUUUAACUUUACUAAAUAAUCCAUGGAGAUAGAAAUGAUAAAUGUAUUCCCAACUUUACAUGUAAGAAAGCCUAAACGGUACAGAGGCUGUGAUUCAAUGGUAAAGCAAUUACCUAGCUUAUAUGAGGCACUGGAUUUGAGUCUCAGCACCACAUAUAAAUUAAUAAAUAAAUGAAGGUCCAUCAACAAUUAAAAAAAUAAAAAAAAGAAAGCCUAUUCACAAAGUUAUUAUAGAACAUAACUAAAUUAACACAAGAGUGAAGAUUAAAACCAAGGUUUACUGAUUUUAACCUAGCAGUUUUAUUCUAGCAAUUGUGUGAAUUUUAGAUUAUAUCAUAAAAAUAUAUGGGAAAGGUAUACUCAUUGGAAGAGGAGACAAAAUGACAAAAUAUUUCACAUGGAAAUACAAGAAAAUGAGGUCAAAAUAAUAGAUAUUUACUUCUACGAUCAUGGGGAAAUGCUGUAAUGUUUUAUUUUGAAAAUGUAUUCUAUAUCUGAUCAUGAAAUACUGGUGCCCAAGUUCAGGCUGGUUAUUAUGGCUAUGCAAACUUUUAUUCAAGGACAAUAUUUUCAAGUCCUGUGGAGACCUAUUGAGUUGGAAUAUUUAAAAGAUGAGAAUUGAAAUGUUUUAAAACAUACUUUAGGCAAUUUGUGUUUGAAAACAUCUAGUUUCAUUACUAUAUAAAAGUAGCAGUUUUUCAAAUUUUGAUAUACUAAAAAUACAGUAUUUAGAAAUGUUAUUAAUAUGUACAUAUUUACACUUAAUUGCUCACUUUAAUGAUUUUUUUUUACAUUGAAUGGAACUAAGGAUAUGCAUUAGAUAUAUUAUGAAGUUAUAUUUGUGAUAAACUUAAAAAUAUUUUUUGAAAUGUAUCAGAUAAAUACCUAUAGAAAUACACCAUAUGGCCAUGGCUUUUACACAUUAUUGUUAAUUUUGUAACCAUACAGAAUAUUUUAUAAAUUAUGUAUUUUGGGUUUGUGAUUC